AUGGCUGGUAACGGUGUCCCACCACACAGCUUGUUCAACCAAGAAAACGGAGCGCCACCUGCUCAGCAUAACCAGUUUAUGCCACACCCACCCCCUGGGGUUCCCUGUGGAUUUGUUCCACAUGCCAAUGAUGGAAGGCAUAGAGCUCGAAACGGAGUUGAUCCAAGAGGUCACAUGGGUGCGGGUCCAGGAGCUCCUCAACACUUCCCGGCUUAUUUUGGAGCUCCCAACAUGAAUGGAUGGCAUGGAGCAGCUCAUCAUCAAGGACCUCCAGCUCAACCGAUCCAUCCAAUUGUGCACACGCAGACAGCAAAAAUCCAAGACCUGCAAAGACAACUGACCGAGGCACGAGAAAAGAGAAGACAGCUGGAGAAGACGCUUCAUGACUCCCAAACAUCUCAUAAAGAAAGAAUUGCGGAGAGAGCAAGGAUCUACCAGGAGCAAUUGGAUAAAGCAGGACGAGCCUUUCAAAUGGCGGAAGACGCAAAAAGGGAAAAGGAACUUCGGGAGAAGAUGGCGUGCAAGAGAAUUAAAUUGGAGCCUAUCGAUGAUGAUGAUGAUGGUUACGGACAAGGGCCAUCACAUCAGCCAAGUGGAAGCUCCGAUCCGAGUCUUCAAGAAGGAUCAGUGUCAUCGUCUGGACCCUCGUCUGGUCUCCCGGAUCAUCACCUGGCCGGCCAAUCCGGACAAUCGUCAGGUUGUCCUAGUUCAGCACAGAACUUUCUUGAUCAGCAACAAGCAUCAAACGGCCAAGAAGCUUCAGAAUAUCAUCAGAUUUCUCCAGAUGCUCUGAUCCGUCUGCUUACGUCCAAUCGUGAAGCACUGGAUCUUUACUUCAAUCUCCAAGCAUCUUGUCGAGGUUCAGAGCAGAAUCUUCCUGAGAAUGAUCAGCCGCAAUUAUCGAACGGUCAGGAAGCUUCAGAAGAUUGUCAUCAAUCUCCAGAUGCUCUGAUUUGUCAGCAACCGUCAUAUCUACAUUAUGCAGCUACAGACCUUCAACCUGAUCAUCCAGAAGCCAACGCCGAUGUUCCAGAAUCCGGCCAGCCAGCGGUUGGUUCACACCCAGAUGUCAUUGCUGAUGAUGGAUCAGAGGCAGACAACGCUCGAGAUGAUCACUUCCAGCCCGCAGUUCUCCGUGACCAAUUCCAAGAAGCCGGUGCUCCAGAAGCCGAUAAUCUAUCUGCUCUGCUUCUUGGACAACGAAAUGACAUCACCAAUGGACCACCAAUAGCAGAGGAAGAUCCAGAAGACGUCCUCCAGGCCGCAGAUCUUCGUGAUCACUCUCUAGAAGCCGAUGAUCCAGAAUUUGAACAUUCAUCAGUUCCCCUCCCAGGACUCUCCGAUGACAUCCCAGUUGAUAGAUCACCAGUAGACGUUACUCCAGACGGCCUCCUCCAGCACCCAGAUCGCCGUGAACCUUCUCCAGAAGCCGAUGCUUUAGAACUCAACGAUGAAGCAGCUUUACAGAGCGGAGCUCCAGAUGUCAUCCAAAAUGGAGUAGCAGCAGAUGAAGCUUCGGAAGACCACGUUCCACAUCCAGCUCUUCGUGACCACUCUCCAGAAGCUGACGCUCCGCAGCCCUUCCAAAAGCACGCCAAGUUAGAAGUCCCACACACAAAAGACGACUUCAAGAAAUACAACGCGGCUCGUCGGGUAUUUGCGAAGACCAUGGUGGUGCCUGCUCCUCUGAAUCCGACAACGGAGGAGUAUCGUCAACGUCUCCAGGAGGCGAAAGAUCACCGAGCCCAUACACUCGUUGCCGGUGAUAACAAGCUUCCAUUCAUCGAGUGUCUCUAUGACGCUGGGAAUGGAGCUAUUCCUCAAUGCGUCACCCAGCCACCAAAAGCUCAUCAGCUUUAUAUGGUCUUCGAGACGUUCGAUGACAAUCCACCGACUCGAGCACAAAUCACGGCUCGUUGGAAGCAAAUGGAAGCUUCUGGAAAUGAGGAGUACUUCGAAUGGAUCGUGCGAGCUGCGAAUUUGCACGAUGAACAUUUGAUCCAGAUGGCUAAGGGAUACGUCUGUGUGAAGCCGAGAGCAAAGAGAGCAAGGAAGGACAAGGAGUAA